AUGGCUGGAGAAAAGGGUGGUUGGAAAGAGGCUGGAGGAGCUCAACUCAAGAGGGUUGAAUCGGUGGAGUCAGCAUUAGGUGUCUUGUAUUAUCGCUUGGAGAUCCAAGGCAAUCAGAUCCAACAUCAGGCGGACUCCAUAGCUUCCAUCGAGUUGAAGAUGGACCAAAAUCAGCUAAAGAUGGACCAGAAGUUGGAAGAGGUUUUGAGAGCUGUAAUUAAAGGGAAGAAUUCAGGAGAAGAGGAGGAGUCCGAACCUGUUUCUUCCAUUUUGGAAACACUAAAAGAAUCCACUGGGGGAUCACGCAGCAGUGCCGGAGGUGGGUCGGGAGGUAGUAGCGAUGGUGGCAGCGGCCGAACCAAUAAUGGUGAACCAACAAGAGGGACCAACUGGCGAUUUCCGAAACUCGAUAUGCCCCUCUUCGAUGAGGAAAACCCCGAUGGAUGGAUAUUACUUGCGGAAUGCUAUUUCAAUUUCUACAGACUAUCAGAUGUCUAUAAAAUGGAGGCAGCAGUGGUGGCUCUUGAAGGAGACGCCCUUCUUUGGUACUAG